AUGGAAUUGGACCCGACCCUCCGCGAAUUCUGGCUUGACGGGUUGGCUCAGCAGGCGAGAAGGGACGCCUACGCCGCUGAGGCAGAUGGAAAUUACAAAAAAGCUCGGGAGCUUUUGAAAAAAGCUGAAAAGUACGAGACUGAGGCGGAGAUUAUUCACGAGAUGGCAAAAUACCCGGAAAACGAGAAAAAUGAUGGGGCGGCACAAGAACAAACGGGCCCGGAUGAGAUAUUCCCAUUUGCUCCGGGAACCAUGUUUAUGGCUAAAACAACAGAUGAUCUAAAAUUGAUUCUUGAAAUGCUGGGAAUGGAUGAAGAAACGAAGAAUUUUAUUCUUAAAGAUAGAGAGGAUGAACUGGAAAAGGAAAAUCGCGAGGAGCUCCUGAGAAGUGCACCGAACAACAACAGAAACGCCGAGUAUCUUACCACCUCUGAGCCUGAAACUGAUGAUGAUACCGACUUGGAACUCGAAAGUAAGCCUGUCGAGCCAGCAGUGGAGGCCGCCAAACACCGCACCGACGUGGAACCUGAAAUCCUUGGAUCCGCCAAGAUGGAUGACGUCGCCACCUCUGCAUCAAUGACGUCACUUGUCUGGAAGUUUGCAAUCCUGAUUUUUAUCCCAACAUUCCUUGCGAUUCUCCUGUAUUUUGUGCCAUUUGAUUUUUCGAAAUCUACUAAUCGUUUUUCUAAGAUCCGAGGUGCAAUUUGAUGAUCUGAAUUGUAUGUGUUUUAAAUGAAAAUUU